CCGUGUUGACAUCGACAUGUCUUCUCUUACGUCCGCAGAUAAGAUGUAAAUACAGCCGGUUGGGGACCGUUGACUUCAUUCGUUUUAUCGACUGAACUGAAAAAUGUCCGGAAGAGGAAAAGGCGGGAAGGGACUCGGUAAAGGAGGCGCCAAGCGUCACCGUAAAGUUCUCCGUGAUAACAUCCAGGGCAUCACCAAGCCCGCCAUCCGCCGUCUGGCUCGCCGCGGCGGAGUGAAGCGUAUCUCCGGUCUGAUCUACGAGGAGACCCGCGGUGUGCUCAAGGUGUUCCUGGAGAACGUCAUCCGUGACGCAGUCACGUACACCGAGCACGCCAAGAGGAAGACUGUGACCGCCAUGGAUGUGGUGUACGCUCUGAAGAGACAGGGCCGCACCCUGUACGGCUUCGGAGGCUAAACAACGACCUGACAACAAUAACAACACAACGGCUCUUUUAAGAGCCACGCACUACUUCUAAAGAGACAAUUCCUAAUAUUAUGAAUUUAUUAUAAAAGAGAUACUUUUCAUUAUAGCCUACUACUGCUUGCAAAUCUUAUGUUUAGUGCCAUAUUACACCAAUCUUCACUAUGAAUAUGCUUGUUCUUUAGUUUUCAUUUCUCUAUAAGUUUGUUUUUAACCCUUGUGUUGUUCUCCUGGGUUGAAAUUAUACCUUUUUUUCAAUUUUUUUCCCCCAUGUUUUGCUUACUUAUUUCAACGUUUUUGGCACUGAAAAAAGCAGAAAUGAUUUGGACUGUUUGAAGUCAGAAGAAUAAAGGUAAUGGAUAAUAACA